AUGUCGAGAACAGCACCAGAUGAAUUUGAUGCCAGCCAUCAUUACGGUCAAACAUCAUCCCUGAACGCGUACACCGCUGUCUCAUCAAGUGAGCCCAAUGAGAAAAACUCGUCGGCAAAUCCGAAUGAAGACGUUGGAAUCGAACGCGGUAAACAGAACCGACAGAAGCUUGAGAGCCGCCAGCGCCAGAUAGUGGGCGCUCUCGUGGAUAUUUUUUGUAUUUUUCUGUGCAUAGCCAUCAUCGUCUUUGCCGUGUUCGUUCGGAAAAAUGACGGAGUAGAGAUGGGAACUCAUCAACGACAGCUACUCGACAUUUUUCGUACAGCUACCACCUUCUUCCCGUACCUCUUUGCUUUGAUCGUGAGCCGCGGAAUACGGAACGUUCUCAAUUGGCGUUUGGCGAGAGGCAUCAACAUGAUGAGUUUCGCAUACCUUUCGAAAUGCUCCACGCUGGCUAACGCUUUGAUCGCGCCGUUGGGACUGCGCACCUUUAAUCGGGUACCUCUAAUGUUGAUUGCCAUCUGGGUCUUUUCUCCCCUGGGGAGUCAAGGUGUCCUACGAUCGGUAUCAGAGCUCCAAACGGUUCAGACAACCAACUCCACCGUUCUUUACUACUACCCGGCUGCCAGCCGCCAGACCGAGAGUCCCGGCUGGCUUAACGGCUACAACGCGGCCAACGCGGUCUUGUUCGCCUCAUUUCUAUCGGUUGGAACCUCUCUCAAUCGUUCUGAAGAUACAUUUGGAAAUAUCAAGAUACCAACUCUCAGCAAAUCAAAUGGAUAUUAUGAUUCUACAGACUGGAUAAACAUGCCAGCAUCCGGCUGGGCUACAUACUCGUCGUUAAUCGGGAUCCCCUUUCUGAAACCAACCAAUCGAGGCAAUUCAACAUUUAAAAUGCGUUCUUGGUACUGGCAUCUGAGCGACCCAACCGUAUCCCUCAGCAUAAGUGGCACGGGAUCUUCUUCCACUGUAAGGGGGUACCCAUGGCUACCUACCGCACAGGAGGGCUUGGUAAAUUACACCAGUACGAGCGGAUAUUGGCAGUUUCUGUUUCCCAACUCGACAGCAUCUUCCGACCGCCCGGCCUCACUUACUAUGCCUCUCAUGUUCGAAAACGCCAAUCCUGAUAAUCCGAAUGCUACCAGCCUUAAAGGUUCGGAUGUCACUUCAAGACAUGCUGGCAUCACCCGCUUAUCGGCGAACCUAACCCAUGUCCCCGUAGAAAUGCACAUCUUCUGCAAUACAGGCUCCUGCAACACCACCGCCAUCCGUCUAUCAGAGCUUGUAGCUCCCUACCCUCUCGAAUCCGAUCUCACCUUCUUCACGCAACAUCUUCUGUGGUGGCUUGCGCAGGCAAUUCCAAUAACACACAAAGGUACCCCUGAAUACGACGUAUUCAACUAUUUCCUCAACGACUCGAAUGCCAACCCGUUCAGCAAAGGUUACGAGACGCUGCCAGACCUUGCAUCUCUCGGAGCAACAGAGCUAGCUUCCCGCUUGGAACAGGUCAUCAAUGCUUACUGGAUCGCUCACUCGGCCCUCGCUGGCGUCGUCAAUCUAAACAGCUUGAAUCUAACCGAGUAUGCGGCCCUCUCUGUAAAUACUGCUCCGCUAUUAGCCAAUGCCAACGCAACGCUCUUGGACUUCAAAUCGACUUUGAGAUGCGACAAGCGAUGGCUUUCGAUUCUAUGCCUCGCUACGAUAAUUAUGAUGGCCGCUGCUGCCACAUCCCUCACUUUUAAUUGGCUUUACAGUGGACCUGAAGUUUCCGAUUUUACGAGUGCUUUGAUGCGCAGCUACCGCAUGCCAGAGUUUGACCGUGGGACAUGGAGCGGUGAUGAUCUAGUGAGGCAGUUGAGACACGUGUCAAUCAAGGUUGGCGAUGCAAGCUCCGAAAGUAACGUUGCAAGCAUCGUAAUUGGGCCCCAGGAGGUGGUGGGAAGUUUAGACGGAAAGUGACGUAUAAGUAUCCAAUGUGUGUAGUC